AUGCAGCAGGGUAAUAUUUUGAUAAUUGAUGAGUAUCAAAUUGUUCACGAAGAAUUAAUUACCAAUAGAUUAUAUGAAUGCAAAUCAACUAAAAAUAUUCAUAUUCCUUUAUGUGCUAGAGUAAUUAAUAUUAUAUAACCUUUUAUAGAUAAUAUAAAUGUAAGAAUAGCAUUUAAGGAAGUAUGAAGAAAGAGAAUAAUAGAUCUAUGAAGUAAUCUUACAAUAUAGAAAUAAUUAAAAUUUAGUUUAUGUACAUCUCAUUAAAAAACUGGAAGAAUAGAAAAAGAUAGUCAUAAUUAUGGAGAAAUGCGAAUCAAAUUUACAAUAGUUACUGGAGAGAAAUAAAAAAUUUAAUGAUAAUGAAAUAGAAGAUUUUUCUAAACAAUUUAUCAAUGGAUAUAGCGUUCUCUAUAAUGAAUUGAUAGUUCAUAGAAAUAUUAAACCUGAUAACAUAUUCAUUAGAUAUAUAAAUGGAAAACCUAUAUAUAAAAUAGCUAACUUUAAGAUCGCAAAAAGAAUGCCAAAUGAUAAUAAUAUUUAUCUCAAGAAGAUUGGAACACCUGCAUAUGCUGCUCCUGAAAUUAAUACUUUAAAUUAAGAUGCAGAUUUAAGUUUCUGCUUUAAUUCUAUCAAAAAUAUUAAAAAUCCAAAAAGCUUAAUUGAUAUUUUUUCAGUAAUUUUAACAAUUAUUCUAGAUUGGCAUGAUUUUUUACUAGAUGGUAUAGGGAUUUUUACCUUUUGAAUCUAAUGCUAAUUAAAUUAAAAAUUUUUUGAUUUAGAUCAAAUAAUAACCUUUAAAAUUACAAGGUAACUCAAAGUAUGUCCAAAUUAUCGAAAAGUUGUUAAUUUAUUUCCCUGGUAAUAGAAUGGAAUUUGAAUCAUUUAUUAAGUAUUUUAAAUCAGAAUCCAAUUAGAUAUUUUAAUUUUAAAUAUCUGGGAUAAAUCAAAUUUAACAAAGUUAUUCAAAUAAUUUCAAUUUCCCUUAGCAAUCCAAUGUGAAUUUAUUUCGAUUGACUUCUAAUAACAAUCAUAAUCAAUAAAAUAAUCAAGUAUACUAAUCCUAAAGAAUGACAUAAGUAUCAUAAUUUAAUCCUCUGGUUCAAAAUUAACAAGCAUUUCAAAUCAAUUAUAACCCUAGAUAAAAAAUAAUUGAAUUCCUAAUAUUUCUAAUGUAAAUAAUAGUUAUUAUUUUUAAAGGCACGACUAUGAUGGAAUAUUAUAUGACUCAACGAAAUAACAAUUAUAAUCAUUUUUAGAAUUGAAAGAUAAUAUUUUUUCAAAAGAAGUACUUCUUGAAUUGCUGACAUUUAUUAAUUUUAAAGCAGAAAAAAUAGAUGGCUAUGACAGCAAGACCUUAGAUUUUUUUUAUAGCAUUUUUUCUGUUUUAAUUUACCCUGACGUUUAACAACUGCCGAAAAUUCCUGAUUAAAUAAAACGAGAAUAUAUCAAAACAUCUGUUAUUUAGCGUUGA